UGGGGGGGGGGAGAAGUGUUCGUGUUGCUUGUCAAGGCAGGUUCCCUGCUCGCUCGGAGGAAUAUUACAGCUUUGGCAGUCGGCUGGAGAAGGUCUGACACACUUGCACAUAGCUGCAGGGUAGGCGCAACCAGGAAGUAAGAGAGGGGAAGGAGAGUGCGCUUGCUUGGUCGAUGGGGCCUACAGGGACAACCAGGCAGCUGCUUUGGCACUAGCCUCUUGCCCCCGUGCCCAGGAGAAGCGGGACCCUCCUGUGAGAGGCAGGAGUGCUUUGGGAUCCUCCAGACAGCCCUGGCUUUGAAGGUGGGCAGAAAGGGAGUGAUGUCCCGGCUUUAGCUACCCCACUGCCGCCGCCGCAACCGCUGCUCAAAAUGAUGUCCGGACUGCCGGAGGCCCUGAGCCGGCUGAGGGCGAACUCUCUACGCAGCUGCUUCAGCCUGGCGGGGCCUUCGGAGUCCACCAUGGUGGCCGUGCCCAUCGAUAUCGACAAGGACGAGGUCCGGAUCCUCAAGGUCUGCUUCCACAGCAACAGCUUCAACAUGGGGAAGAACUUCAAGCUGGUGAAAUGUACCGUCAUGACCGAGAUCAGGGAAGUGAUCAAGUCGAUCCUGCAGAGCGGGAGGAUUGGUCCAGACAUCCAGCUCGCCGAGUGCUAUGGAUUACGCCUGAAGCACGUGAAAUCGGACGAGAUCCACUGGCUCCACCCGGACCUGACAGUGGGCGAAGUCCAGGACAAGUAUGAGUGCCUUCACAUUGAAGCUGAGUGGAGGUACGACCUCCAGAUCCGCUACCUCCCAGAGGACUACGUAGAACGCUUCCAAGAGGAUCGGACGACGCUUCUGUAUUUCUACCAGCAGCUCCGGAGCGAGUACAUGCAACUGUACGCUAGCAAAGUGAGUGAGGGCAUGGCCCUUCAGCUGGGCUGUCUGGAGCUCAGGAGGUUCUACAAGGACAUGCCUCACAACGCUCUGGACAAGAAAUCCAACUUCGAGUUCCUAGAGAAGGAAGUGGGUCUCGAUCUGUUCUUCCCAAGGCAGAUGCAGGAGAAUCUGAAGCCCAAGCAGUUCCGCAAGAUGAUCCAGCAGACCUUCCAGCAGUACGCUCUCCUGCGGGAGGACGAGUGCAUCUUGAAGUUCCUCAGCACUCUCUCCACCAUCGCCAACAUUGACCAGGAAAGCUACCGCUGCGAUCUGAUUCAAGGAUGGAGCAUCACAGUAGACCUGGUGAUCGGGCCAAAGGGCAUCCGGCAAAUGACCAGCAAAGAAGCAAAGCCCACCUGCCUGGCCGAGUUCAAGCAUAUCAAAUCCAUAAAGUGUUCAGCCGCAGAGGAAGGCAAAGCUCUCUUGCAGCUGGGGCUUACGGGGAACCCCCAGUCCUUGGCGAUCAAAACAGCCUCUCUUGCCGAGGCGGAGAACAUGGCGGACUUGAUCGAUGGCUACUGCAGGUUGCAGGGGGGCCUGGACACCUCUCUCAUUGUCCGUCCCAACAGAGAGAAUGAUAAGAGGAUCAGCCUGCCCCAGGUCCCAGUACAGCACAUAGAGGAGAGGAGGGCCACGCUGAGAGAGAGCUUCAGUGGGGAUUCUGAUAUUUAUGCUGAGAUUCCAGACGAAGCGUCCCGGCCGAAAUCUGGAGCUCAACAGUUUGUGAUCUCCCGGGAAGAUGUCAUCCUGGGCCGGAUCCUAGGAGAGGGUUUCUUCGGCGAGGUCUAUGAGGGCGUUUACACCAACGAGAGCGGAGAGCGGGUCAGCGUGGCCGUCAAGACCUGCAAGAAGGACUGUACAGCUGAGAACAAGGAGAAGUUCAUGAGCGAAGCAGUGCUGAUGAAGAAGAUGGACCACCCCCACAUUGUGAAGCUCAUUGGCAUCACCGAGGAGGAGCCCACCUGGAUUGUGAUGGAGCUCUACCCUUACGGAGAGCUAGGACAUUACCUCGAGCAGAACAAGGCGUCGCUGAAGGUGCAGACUCUCAUCCACUACACCUUGCAGCUCGGCAAAGCCAUGGCCUACUUGGAAGCCAUCAACUGUGUGCACAGGGACAUUGCUGUCCGGAAUGUCCUGGUGGCUUCUCACGAGUGCGUCAAACUGGGAGAUUUUGGCCUCUCCAGAUACAUUGAGGAUGACGAGUAUUACAAAGCCUCUGUGACUCGCCUGCCCAUCAAAUGGAUGGCCCCAGAGUCCAUCAACUUCCGCCGAUUCACCUCCGCCAGCGACGUGUGGAUGUUCGCCGUCUGCAUGUGGGAAAUCCUCAGCUACGGGAAGCAGCCCUUCUUCUGGCUGGAGAACAAGGAUGUGAUCGCGGUGCUUGAGAAGGGUGACCGCCUGCCCAAGCCGGACGCCUGCCCCCCCAUCCUCUACGCUCUGAUGACACGCUGCUGGGAUUAUGACCCCAGCGACAGGCCCAAGUUCAAAGAGCUGGUCUGCAGCCUGAGUGACGUUUACCAGAUGGAGAAAGAGAUUGCACGGGAGCAAGAGAGGAACAACCGCCACCGGCCCCCCAAAAUCAUGGAGCCUCCCUCUUCGCAGGAGCCCCCUCCAAAGCCAAGCAGACCAAAGUACAAGCCGCCCCCUCAGACCAACCUGCUGGCCCCCAAACUGCAAUUCCAGGUGCCCGAGGGUCUGUGUGCCAGCUCGCCAACGCUCACCAGCCCCAUCGAGUACCCGUCUCCCGUCAACUCCUUGCACACCCCUCCACUCAACAGGCACAACGUCUUCAAGCGCCACAGCAUGAGGGAGGAGGACUUCCUCAGGCCCAGCAGCCGGGAAGAAGCCCAGAAGCUCUGGGAGAUGGAACGGGCCAAAAUGAGGCAGCUCCUGGACAAGCAGCAGAAGCAGAUGGCGGAGGACUACCAGUGGUUGCGGCAGGAGGAGAAGGCCCUGGAUCCCAUGGCCUCUGUGAACAGCCACGCCUACCCCCCAAAACUCCCCGAGAAGGAGGCAGGAUACAAUGGCUUAGCUGAGUUCACAGGGCCACCCAGGAAGCCGCCCAGACUUGGACCUCAGUUCUCGCUUCAGCCAACCCCCACGGCCAACCUGGACCGGACGGAUGACACUGUGUACGGUGACGUCAUGGACCUGGUAAAGGCUGUUCUGAAGCUGAAGAACGAGGUCAGCAACCACCCGCCAGAACGGUACAUCCUGGUUGUGAAGGAUGUGGGCCUCUCCCUUCGGAAGCUCAUCGGGAGCGUGGAUGAAGUCCUCCCAGCUCUGCCUGCCUCUUCUCGCACUGAGAUUGAAGGCACCCAGAAGCUCCUCAACAAGGACCUUGCCGAACUGAUCAACAAGAUGCGCUUGGCUCAGCAGAACGCCAUGACGUCCCUGAGCGAUGAGUGCAAGCGCCAGAUGCUGGCGGCCUCGCACACUCUGGCCGUGGACGCCAAGAACCUCCUGGACGCUGUGGACCAAGCCAGGAUGCGAGCCAACCUAGUGAAGGUCUCCUUUGAGUGACCCAGAGGGCUGGCUUUCUUUUUAAAAGAUGAAUGAAUAAGUAGCCCCCUCCAAGCUUCCCUGCGCUGUCUCCACCUCUGCCCUGCCGCAACACGCUCGUGUCUUUGAUUUCGUCGCGUCUGUCUUCCGAGAACGAAGGAGAAGAGACUCUGGGGGAGAGGCAGGGAAGGGACUUGUCUUCCUCUGCCCCGUAGAUCAUGCUGCUAAGGGGGGACGCAGGACCCCGGUCCUGGGGGGGUGGGCAGUUCAGACCUGUCAAGGUGAGCCUGCACCAGUAGGGUCCCAUGCGUGUAGGUGUGCAGGCAUCGCUGUGUACAGGCUGGUUUCUCUGCCAGUAUCUCUGGCGCCAAGGUGUCUCCAUGGUGAAGAGGGUCAAAGGUGGGGAGAAGUGGGGCGAACCUCACUGCCACCGUUCUCCGGAUAAGCCAGAGGAAUGGUGGCAGGCCGGGCCACUUCCGGGUUUCUCCCGAGGACCCUGAGGACCCAGUCCUGGGAGAAAAAGCUUGCUAGGUCACUCUGCGGCACUUUGGUGAGAGACAUUCCCAAGGUGGCCCUUAGAGGAGGCUGUCUCGUGUCUUUGUACAUUGUAUAGAAACAUUUAUUUAAUGGCCAUGUACGAGAGAACUGUAUGUGCAACCUCCCGCCCUAGGAAAAAAAAAAUUACCCUCACUUCUCUCUCAUUUGGGGUGGAGUUUGAACACGUCUCCCUCUGAAUAGGGAGCUAGAGAUCCAAAGGGGGCUCUUUAAAAAAAAAAUGUCAUGAAGAUAUGUACCAGGCAACACAUAACACUGUAAACCACAACAGAACCGCACACGGCAUGUUCGCAAAUUGCAGAGAAGCAGUUCCACCUAGUCAAGUUUUAAAGAUGGGUCAGUGUCACCCAAGCAUAAUGGGGACUGAGUCAUUGAAGGGGUGCUGCUUGUUCUGCCUAUUUAUAUAAUCCAGAAAUGAAGAGCAAUCCUCAUAAAAACUAUUUGAUUUGGCUUUGCCCCAGUCUGACCAGACGUUCUGAUAAAGCCAUAUUCCCUGCAUUAGUCAAGCAUGCCUCCUGCCAAGGAAGUUUUUAAUGAUUUCUAGUACCGGGCGAUUACAAAUCUGGCUGCUGAUCGUAACAUAAGCACUAGAUUUUUAUAAGUGAUAGGAGUUGAAUUUGGGGUGGAGCUUCGAUAUAUCUCUCCAAAUGAAGGAGACUUUAAAAGUUUCCUGUUUCAGCAAAACAAAAAACAGCAGGGAAACUUUGAGGGAUCUCAAGCACUCUGGCUCCAAUCCUCUGUGCACUUACCUGGGAGUAACUGCCACUGAAGUCACUGGGGCUUCUUGAGUAGAUGCUGAGUAGAUUGCACUGUGUAACAGGCUGAUACUGACACCAGCUUUCAUGUCUGGAGUCGCUUAUGCCAUCAUAAAUCUGUUAGUCUUAAAAGUUCAGCAAAACUCUCUUGGGGGUGUUUUAUAUUUAAAGGCCCAAUUACAAUUCCAAGCAACAAUGCAGAUUGUUGACGGGGGAGACAGAUCCACACUCACCACCACCUACAAACACAGAUUACGGAUUUGAUGCUGUGACUGAAGACUGAAUCUUUGCCACCGAGUCAGAGCUUAAAGGGGAGGUUUUUGGUCCUUCUGUGGCAGGGUUUGAAAUUAAACACGCCCUGACAAUGUUGGGGCUCACGUUUUGCUUCUGGAAUGGAAUUUUUGCUGAAAACAUCCAUGUCUGGGAGGACGAGAAGCCAUUAAUGUAAUUUUGAAACUCCCAUAAUAUUGAAUCCCUUCCGUAAAUUUCGAUUUUUUGUUUUACUUUUGUACCUAAGAAACGGGCCAGGCAAAGUCAGCAUGGCCAGCCUCAGCUUCUUUGUAAUAUUAUACAGUAUUUGUGUGUUAAAACGGCAACAGCAGCAGGAAUCUCUCUGUUUGAUAUGUGGUUUUUUUGACCUGAAAAUUGUACCGUUUUAUGGCUUUUGUCAUUCAUCAUAACAAAGCCAUUGUUUUGCCUGAGAUAAAUGAGGUACAACA